GUUUUAAAAAGUCUUUGAAAGUAUAGUUAUUGACGAGACACUCAUUUAAAUAGUUAUUGACGAGAUAUUCUUUCACGACUCACGAGACACUUUUUAACCUCGUUGUUUAAGUGUUAAUCAGGUGCUCCUGCUCCCCCUUUCUCAGAAGAUGCAUGUACAAUCCUGAAGUGAAGCACAACUGUUGUAGUCACUCCUCCUCCGUCAGCGGGAGUCGGAUGCUGCUCCACCCUCUCCAGCGCCUUCAUCUCACCGUCCGUUCUCUGUCCCGCGAGUGGAGAGGAUUUCAGCACCGGGACAGAUCCUUCACCGUCUCAGGCAUCAUGGGGACAGAGUUCCACAACCUUCAGGAGCUGCGUCACACUGCGUCUCUGGCCACCAAGGUCUUCAUUCAGAGAGAUUACAGUGAUGGCACCAUCUGCAAAUUCCAGACCAAGUUCCCCACAGAGCUGGACAGCAGGAUCGAGAGGAGCCUGUUUGAAGAAACAGUGAAGACGCUCAACUGCUAUUACGCCGAGGCAGAAAAGAUCAGCGGUCAGUCCUAUCUGGAAAGCUGCCUGGCUUGUGCUACGGCCUACUUCAUCUUCCUGUGCAUGGAGACACGCUAUGAAAAGAUCCUGAAAAAGAUCAGCAUGUACAUCCAGGAGCAGAACGAGAAGAUCUUUGCACCUAGAGGUUUGCUCUUAACAGACCCCAUUGAGAGAGGCAUGCGAGUGAUUGAAAUCUCCAUCUUUGAGGACAGUAGCUCCAGCAGCUCCAGCUCCAGUGGCAGUUCUCCGUCCAGCAGCACAGCUCAAUGACUGGAGGAACAGCACCAGGGGUACGGGUACAGAGCGGCCGGUACGCUCGCCAAAAUCCGCAUGUUGAAACAUGAGAGCACCAGAUUUUAAAGAAAGAGAGAGAGGGAGUAUAUGUACUGCUCACUCACUCGCUUCUUCCAAACAACUAGUGCAAAGCCAGGAGCUUUAACUCACAAACACACCUCCUCCCCUUUCAUACCUCUUUUAAUUCAGCCUCUGCAUUUCCAUUAGUGAAAAAUACAUGCGACGCCCUCCGUGUCUCACAUACUGAAGAGGGCUAGCAGACAGUUACAAUGGACAGAGUGCAGGCUUCUUACUGUCUUUGCUCUGGAAAAUCCAGGCUAAAAUAGAUUUUAAAACAUAUUCGCUGGUCUCUAGCUAGUAAUCAUGCUGUUAAUACGGUGGUUUACCUACUUUCCGUAUUCUAAACAAUAACUUAAACAGCCCAAUACUUACUUAAUACUUAUGCCCAAAGUAUAAUUACUUAAAUUUAAAAGCAUCUGAAACAUAAAGAUUCUUCCUUUUUCCAAUGUCUGUGCUUAAUUAUCAAAAACUGAUCAAUAAUGUCUUAGUUACAGUAGCAAAUGACAUUAUUUUUGUACUCUUCAAUACAUUUGUCUAUUGGUUUUGCUUUCUUCUGUAGUUCGUUAUUGAUGUUUAUGUAAUUUUUUUUCCAGACUAUGAAGCAAUGAACCGGUCCACUGUUCCCAUAUGUGACCCAGGGCCACAAAACCAUUGAUGUAUACUUUAAGCUUGGACAAUAUUUGGCCGAGAUACAACUAUUUAAAUGUUGUAUGCAUAUGUUAGGUUUUUUUUUUAAGUAUAGUUGAAAAAGUGAUAUUUUUUUUAUAGAUUUGUACAAUGUCAGCUGAUGGCAGUAUUUGAUGGUUUACAUUGUUGUUUACUUUGUUAAGAUUUGACAUUAUUUUACAGAAAUACAACUAUAGAACUACUGGAAUCUGAAAAAAUCUAAAUACUGGCAAAAUUGCCUUUAAGUUCUCAGCAAUGCAUAUUACUAGCAUAAAUUUCUUUAUGGAACAUUACCUUUACUUAGUAUUGUAUUAACUUUUGGCAUUAAAAAGAAAAAUCAUUUUGACCAAUAAAAUGUAAUGUUGGCCAUGCAAAUAUACCUGUUCAACUUUUGUGGUUCAGGGUCACAUAUAUUGUACUGUAGUAUUGUGGAAAAAACUGAUGGGAAAACAGUUCAAAGAGCACAUGUGAUCGCGUUUGUACUGUGCUGAUGAUGAUAUAUGAAUCGUUGUAUAAAAACAGCGUGCACAUAAAAACAAACAUAUGCUUUUGGCGUAAGGUUAUAUCUACACUAAUAUGCAUUUGAAAAACCAAAAUAAAAGAUUAGCCUUUGUGUCUGCAGUGAGACAGCACUUUCUUACCGUGGAUAAAGUCGCUUAUUAAAGGCACUCUCACAAUUUGAUUAAUUUGGUCUGU